AUGAGGCAGUAUUCUCUCCACCUUCUAUUCCUUUUCUCCGCGAUAGCCCUGUUGUCUUCGUCCAACAUCAUCAUCGAAAACAACUGUCUCCGGUCGAUCUACGUUUAUCAGCACGGCUAUUUUGGCAACGACACCUUCGAGUGCAUUAUUCCGAGGGACGAAAUUUGCAAACUCAACUAUGAUGAUGAUUUUGUAGGCUUCAAGGUUCGGCAAAAGAAGGAUGAUGAACGUAAGAUUGCGACCCUUGCAGUAACCGGAGUUGGACGAUUGGGGAAACCGAAAAGUAUUAUUUUUCUUGUCGAAAUUGUAGUAGGAUAAUCGAGGGUGCUGAUUUCGAAAAUGACAUUAAUUUUUUUGAUCCUUGAUUUUUAUUCAAGUAGUACUGUAAAGUUGUAACUUCUAGAUUUUUUUUUCACAAAUACUCGAUUUGGGGGGGGGGGCACGUCAAUCCAAAAUAGACCUUGCUGAUUUCGAAAAUCUUAUUAUUUUUUCUGAUUUGAAAGCAGCACCACCGAAAACCCCCGAAUCGAGUAUUCAACAAAUAAAUUUUAAAAAUUACUAAUUUACAGUACUACAUAAGAAAAAAAGUAACCAUCAAAAAAAAUGAAUAGCAUUUUCGAAAUCAGCACCCUCGAUUAUCCUAAUUUCGACACUUGCAUCGAAGAAAAAUAAUACUUUUCCGUUUCCCCAAUCGUCCCAGUUCCUGCAAUAACGUAUUUUGCCUCACUUUAUACGUAUUUUUUCUAGCAAAAUCUCUGACCGAAAUCUCGAUUAAUCAAUUUCACAGUGGCACUGAUUAUUACGGCAUCAAUCUCUCGAGAGGAUUCGACCUGUGGGUCUCCAUAGAACCAUUGGCCGAGAACUCGACAAAAAUCAUUUGUCGGGAUAUGUAAGCACAAACAAACUUUUUAUGUUGACCCGGUUUAGAAAUUGCCCUGGGGCGCUGAGGGAUGACAAGGAAUCGCGGAAGCGUCUUGCCACAAAAACUGGUGGUACUUUCCGGAUUGUUUAUUGCGCAUGA